UAAAUAAAUUGGUUUACGUGAAAGUUAUAUCGUCUACAAAUGGCCAUAUACAUAGUGGAAUUUUAUAUUUUUUUUGACUAGUAAUGGUGGCUAUCAGUGACUUAUAGCGGGAAUUCUGACACUGGGGGGAACUGACUUGGUGUCAGUGACAUCCCCAGUGACACCAAUACAGUGAUCACUGCUAAUAAAAAGCACUGACACUGUACUAAUGGCACUGGGCAGAAAGGGGUUAAAAUCUGGAGUGAUCAAAGGGUUAACUGUGUGCUGUGUGUGUUUUACUCACUGUAAGCACACUGAUUUGUAUGGCUCUGCUAUGCAGAGCCAUACAAAGCAGUGUGCAGGAGCUGAC